AUUUCUCCUUAAAGAGACUUCCAAGUAGUACGUUUUUUUUGAAGACUCGAUAAUGAAAGGAUCGAGGACUAAUCUCAAUGUUGCGGGACACAUCCUUAGUUUGCUGGGCAAGUACCUCUGCAGUUAUUGUUGCUCCUCCUUGUGUACUGUAGUAGAAAUUACGAGCUGAAAAACGAGUCCUUGAAUGCAGCUGGUCUAUAUGAAGCGAGUGGGCGGUAACCGCGGUGUCCGACAACAGCUGACACUUCUGUAAGAGAAACUCAGACAACGGGACUCCACCAAGGUGCCAACAUGCUGAUACAAAAACUAUGGGUCUACUUCUCGACCGCAUGCAUGUUCUGCUUCAUGAUAGGACUCAACAUCUUGCUCAAGGUUUUGCAUUUUAUCUCACCAAGCCUCGCCAGGAAGCAAAUCCUCAAGAUGGGGGAAAAGACCACAAUGACCCAGAAUCAGAAGUUUAGUUAUGAAGACUGGGGUCCGACAUUUUUAUCGUUUGAUUUCGUAAAAAUCGCAGCUCAGAGCAUGUGGCUGUCCCUCGGACAAGAGGCCUUCGAGGGUGGAGAAGCUCCGGACACACCUGUGGUCACCAUGGACGGAGAGAGAACAACUGUGUGCAAGUUCUUCAAGGGCAACAGGCCGCUGGUGCUGAGUUUCGGAAGUUGCACCUGACCCCCGUUCAUGUACAAACUUGACGAGUUCAAGCAACUCGUCAGGGACUUCAGCGACGUCGCUGACUUCCUGGUGGUCUACGUCGCCGAGGCUCAUUCAACAGACGGUUGGGCCUUCACCAACAACUUCAACAUCAACCAGCACCAGAGCCUGGAGGACAGACUGUCUGCGGCACAGGUCCUGGUUGAAAAGGAGCCCCUGUGUCCGGUGGUGGUGGAUGAAAUGAAUGAUGUCACUGCCGUAAAGUAUGGCGCUCUGCCUGAGCGGCUUUAUGUGCUUCAGGUUGGGAAAGUCGUCUACAAGGGGGGGAUGGGACCAUGGGGCUACAAUCCAUUAGAGGUGCGUUCAUUCCUGGAGAAGAUGAAAUAAGAAGAUUGGUAAUCUUUUCUUAAAAUCAGGCACUAAUUAAUAUACUUCCACAUCCACAUGUAGUUCUCUCGCUGCUCUAAAGUCUCUGCACUCUGAAAACUUGAACUGUCAACCUCUGAGCCUGGACUCACCUCGGUGUUUUCUUAGUGACGGCUACAGAUCAAACCAUUGGCCUCUGUAGCCUGAUGAAGUGAAACACAGAGACAUGGUCCACUCGGUGUUUGUGUUGGAGAUAUUUCAAUAUACAGGUGUCUGAUAGUCCAGUUUAUUCCACUAAGGUUUACUUCUGUCCACAAGUGCUCCAAUAUAAUUCACCAGGAAGCUGCUUUACCAUGACGAUUACAGUGUAAACCUCUAGUGACUGUAAUUUGAUGAAACAUUAGUGAGAAGUAGGUUUCCUCUGAAUGUUAUAGGGGCAUUUAUGAUUGGACAUAUUUACUAUAUAAUCUCUAUUACAUUUAAUCAGAAUAAAUGUCCUUUUCUAUUACAAUUUUGUUAAGGGCUGCUUGCAUUAAUAAUCUGGGAUCCCUCAUUAAAGUCCUCAAUUUAUACAUA